CCCAACUCUCAUUACAGCACUCUCCAAACCCAGCAAUUUCGCACCUCCGCGUUCAACUCGCCACUAUGUCGCCUCCAGUAUCCCCAUCGCCCAUCCAAGCCCCGCAGCAUGUCCAGGAUCUCCUCACCCAGCUGCACAAGCAGUCCGCGGACCAAGAGUUUGCAAUUUCCCAAACCAAGAAGGUCAUCUCGUCAACAGUCAUCGGCGACCUCGAGGACAAGUCACCCAGCGGUAAUGCGAAAGCAGAAUUCGACAACAUGAUGCGCGACAAGUUCAUCGCCCUCGACGAAGACAAGUGCCAAUUCGUCUAUCAGUUGAUUACCGCUAUGGGGGCAACAAAUAUCGUCGAGGCUGGGACCAGUUUCGGCGUCUCCACUAUCUACCUGGCGCUUGCGGUUGCCCAGAAUAAGGCGCGCACGCGCAAGACUGGGGUGGUCAUUGCGACGGAGAAUGAGAGCGAGAAAGCGAAGGUUGCUAGGGGGUAUUGGGCGCAGUGUGGAGAGGACGUGGAGGGACAGAUUGAUCUGCGAGAGGGGAAUAUUCUCGAGACGCUGAAGGUGAAUAUGCCGCAGGUGGAUCUGCUUCUUUUGGAUAUCUGGGCUGCUAUUUCCCUCCCUACCCUCAAGACGGUUCUCCCCCAUUUUCGACCCGGCGCCGUCGUUCUUACUGAUAAUACCGUCUCCGCGGCGGCGGGAUACGCUGACCUGUUGGCGUAUAUGAGAGAUCCGGAUAAUGGCUUCCGCAAUAUGACCCUCCCUUUUUCCAAUGGUUUUGAGAUGAGCGUGUAUUUGCCUGAUUUGGCUUCGGAGAAGCAUUUUCAAGAUUCUUGACUUUCGAACAUAGGACCAAACAGACUGAUCAUUAUAUUCUACGCUCGUCUGACUGUGUUGUUUCUUAUGACUUGGACCAAUCUUUGGAAUAUAUAGCAGACGAAAAAAGGUAUUUUUCGAUUACCUUUAGGCCAUUGGCUGUGAUAU